AUGCUCGAAUUGUUCUCGGUGCCCGUGUUUGUCGUCGUCUUUCGAGAGACUUUCGAGACGGCCAUCAUUGUUUCUGUAUUGCUGGCUUUUCUCAAGCAGACCCUUGAUGGCUCUCAACGCGAUGCGAAUCUUUACAAAACUCUGCGAACACAAGUCUGGGCUGGAACUGCAACUGGCUUCGUAAUCUGCGCCGUUGCUUCUGGUGUGAUCAUUGGUACAUUUUAUAUUCUCGGCAGCGAUACCUGGGCAGACCAUGAGUACUACUACGAAGGAGUGUUUUCGCUCAUUUCAGCCAUCAUCAUUACUAUCAUGGGCGGUGCUUUGCUGCGCGUAGGAAAGAUGGAAGACAAAUGGCGAGCCAAGUUGUCCAAGGCAAUUGAAGCACCUGUGACAACUCAAGGCAAGAGGGCGUGGUUGGUCAAUUUCUUUGAGAAAUAUGCCAUGUUCGCAUUGCCUUGCAUCACUGUCCUCCGCGAAGGCAUCGAGGGUAUUGUUUUCGUUGCGGGCGUCUCAUUCUCCGCGCCCGCUUCAGCCGUGCCUUUGCCCGUCAUUCUGGGAUUGACGCUGGGCGGGCUCGUUGGAUACGCUCUCUACCGGGGCGGCUCAUCCGCAAGGCUGCAAUAUUUUCUCGUGGCUUCAACAUGCCUGCUGUACCUUGUCGCAGCCGGUUUGUUCUCCCGCGCCAUCUGGCUUUUUGAGCAGCAGCAGUGGAACAAGGUUGUCGGCGGUGACGCUGCGGAACUCGGAGAUGGGCCAGGAUCGUACGAUAUCGACAGGAGUAUUUGGCACGUCAAUUGCUGCAAUCCUCAACUGAACGGCGGAGGAGGCUGGGCCAUUCUCAAUGCUGUCGUCGGGUGGAAUAACUCUGCUACGUAUGGAUCUGUUCUCGCAUACAACCUGUACUGGGCAUUUGUCAUUGCGCAGUUUUUCGCCAUGUCGUACAAGGAAGAUCACGGUCACUGGCCUCUUGUCAAGCCCAAGGAAGAUCACGCCAGGACAGAUUAG